AUGGAAACGGAGGGUCUACAGGGGUUCAAGGAGAAGAUAUCUGUUGUUUGCCGAGAGAGAAGAACAGAAGAGAAAGAAGAACAGAAUCUAAGGAAAGAAUCCAAGGACAAGGAGGGUCUAGAAGUGUACGGAAUGUUGAAGGAAGGAGUAGGGUUCAAGGACUACCUACAUNACAGACUAGGGAAGACAUUUUUGAGCCAACUUUGGCAAAGUAGAAAGGAACGAUUGGCCAUCGGUGAUCGGUCCUGCUCCGUCCACCAGAAGUUGCUAGAGUGGCCGGGGGCAAGCCCCUUUUGGAUCCCCAAUCCCAUCCCAGGGUUCAGCGCCAGGGAUGAGCUAGUGAGGCAGUCGACCUCGCUCCACGAGGCUGCCCGCAAGGGGAGGUACGAGGUGCUGUCGAUGCUGCUGCACCACUGCCGGGGGAGGGGCUUGCUGCCCGGGGCGUGCCUGGUGCCCGAUGGGAAUGGGAAAACCGCGUACGAGAUCGCGAUUGUCAAGAACGAGACCGAGUGCGGGAGGCUCUUCACCACCACCUUCAGCGACCUACCCCAGGUGGCCCCCCGGCUGGGCUGGAGGAAGGGCCGCACGCGCGGCAAGGACAUAUCGGGGGGGAGGGAAGGGGUUCCCAUCCCCUGGGUCAACGAGGUCGACGAUGAACCAUUUCCAAGCCACACGUUCACGUACAUCAACCGUGUGGUGGAGGGGCCCGGCGCGUCGUUCAACUGGCGGCUCUGCUACUACGAGAUGCCAGAGAGAAAUCCCGCCCCUUGUCACCAUAAGGAGCCCGAUGAAAGCGGAGGCUUAGGCGCUCCCACUGGUUUCAGCUACGGCGGAGGCGCUGGUGUCAUGGCAGGGGUAGGCGGGUCGGGGGGCUCGAGCUCCCAGGUCCAGCUCCAAAGCGGUCGAGGUCGAAUCCACGGGUGUGACAGCAUCAAGUGCGGUCAUGUUCCUCGAGGGAGUGAGAACGGGCGCAAGUACGAGUGCAACUACAAGUGUCCCUGUGCAGACCGUCUCAAGACGGGCAAGGCGGGCAGUGGGGAGGAACCCCUCGACUGCGGCCUAAGGGCAUCCCAGAUGGGGGUGACGGCACCGCUAGAGGCCUUCAAGACCGCUACCAAAGGGUGGGGGGUCAGGGCAAGGGGAACCAUUCAAGAAGGGCAGUAUAUCUGCUCUUACGCUGGCGAGAUGAUCCCUGAGUCGGUCUACCAGGCGCGGGAACCCGAGUACGAGAGGAGAGACAACGCGGGCGGCCCGUGCUACUGCUUCAACGUGUACACCGACAGACGGUGCCCGGAGGACAACAUCGUCGUCGACGCUGACCGAUACCGAGGGGUGGCCGCCCUGUUCAACCACGCGUGCUGCGGGGCCAACGUGAAGGUUCGCAAGCUAGUGGCCAACAACACCGACAGGAGAGAGCCCAUCCACGGCUUCUUCGCCCUCAAGAAGAUCGUCGUAAAGGAGGGAUCACCCGGGCCGGAGCUGGUGUUCAACUACGGCGCCAAGGAGAAACCGAAGCCGUGCCUGUGCAGCGCCUGCGCCGAGCUCGAGCUGAGAAAGCUCAGCGACGCCCCCGCACGGUUGCGCUGACAGAGAGUGGCACAGCGGGAGAGGCAAUGCGAGAUAUAGAUAAAAGAGAGGGAGAUUGCGAGCGAGAGAGGAGAGAGAAAGAGCAGGGGGGGGAGGCGUACUAAUGUUUUGCAUGCCUUAGCGGUUAGACCAUUAAUAUCGCACAACAGGAGAUGCGAUGCGAGAGAUAAGAUAGAGGGGUGAGAGGACGAUGCGUGGUGCUUUGCGGUUAUUCGGGAUCAUCAGUGAUUUGGGCUGUGGGGUUACCUUGGUUGAUGGACGUAUGAUGAUGUUGCUCCCGUGGUGUGUUUUUUUUUCGGGCACCAAAUUGCGGUGGUCCGGCAUCUAGAGACAGUAUCCGGUAGUGUGACGCUUUUGGAGUAGAUUCGUUUCGGAUUGACAACGGCGGACAGGAAAACGUACAGCAGUGCACAGUCGAUGCUGCACAGAGAUACACGGGCGUCGGUGAGGCUUUUUUGGCGGAGGCACGUUGUGCUUGUACAGGAGCGGCGUUUCGGACAGGGCGUUAGUUGUUAGUGGAAGGCCGUGUUGGAGUUGAGUCGUCGAGUGUUGGGGAACAGCCGUGUCGGCAGUACGGCACCCAGAGAGAGGGUGCAGUGCGCGUGCGCUCCUCAUGCUUGCGCGUACGUUGCAAUCAUAGGAGGGAAAAGAGGUGUGGUAACAGUAUUGCUUCAUGCAUGCGUUUGUUUCAUGCUGUAUGUUGACGUUUUGCGUCUUCUGAUUCCGUCGCGGGAGCAGCUCAUAGCGCCCGGUGUUUCUACUGAUUUCAGUCUACAUAACUUUGUUGUGUGUGACGGGCUGGUAGAAAUCGCUCCAUCCAGCAGAGAGAAGGAACCUCACACGUGGCUACACAGCAAGAACUGUGUCUUGCCCUCUUGUAAGUUAAGAGUGUUUUUUGAGGACCUGUCGUCGGGAAUAGUAUGUCCAAGUCCCUGUCAUGUUUUAUCCUAGGAGCGCCUUAUUCUAGUAACACCUUUAUAGCGUUUGAGGUGAACGGUUUUGUGUUGCUAUCACGUUUUUAGCCAUUCGCUCGGGCGUUUAUCGCGUGAAGUGGAUCGAUAGGUUGUCAAUGUCGCUGGUACGUGUUUACCGCAGAGACAGGGAACUUGUACCUUAUCCUAUGGACACCUUCUAGCGAAUUCGGCGAACGGUUGUGUGUCGCUGUCACGUGUAUCAGCCAUUCGCUCAGACGAUUUUUAGCAUAAAGAAGCGGAUCGAUAGGUUCGGUAGCUGGUGUGAUAUGUGUAGCGCAAA